CUUGGUCGCGUGUAGUUAUAAAAAGAAGUUAUGAUUUUCUUGGACUUCAUUUAUAACUUUGAUCAGUAUGCCAAAAUCAUUCCUUGUCAAGCAUAAGAAUAUCUGCGCCUUCUACGACGGAGAGGCAAUGGAACCAAACAAGAGUGCUUUUCAUUUUGUCAUGCCAACAACUACAGAUCAAAAUGAUUAUGCAAUCGCAGAGUCAAUAUUACAUGGAAAAGAGAUCCCUGAAGUCCGCCGCUCAGACAAGGCACUCCGCUCUGAUAACUACCCCCUUCUGCAAUCUGACGGGCUUUUCCGACCUUGGAUGGACCAGAAUAUGAAGACCAGUACUGUUGAAACUUUGGCGGCAAGACAAAUGAUGACGAUGAUGCAUCCGGGUCUUAGGAUCGGGUACGACACCCGCUAUCUUCUCCACAACUUCCUCUUGUCCUAUAGCCAAUACCUCAGUGGUUAUCCGUUUAAGUACGGAAACCUUUAUCCAUCCCCAGUGUCUGGGAAUCUGAAGGCGAAAGAGGAGGAACAAAUGGAAGACCUAUCUAUACUGGAGACUACAAAUGGCGCUUACGAGUGCACAAGGUGCAACAAAUUUUUCAGCACGCCGCAUGGACUGGAAGUCCACGUGCGGAGGUCACACAGCGGUUCAAGGCCGUAUGCAUGUGAAAUUUGUAACAAGACGUUUGGCCAUGCCGUCAGUUUGGACCAACACCGCGUUGUUCAUACACAAGAGCGUAGUUUUGAGUGUAAGCAAUGCGGCAAGUGUUUCAAGAGAUCUUCAACUUUAUCCACGCACCUGCUAAUCCACAGCGAUACUCGACCAUAUCCAUGUCCCUACUGCGGAAAAAGAUUCCACCAAAAAUCAGACAUGAAGAAGCAUACUUACAUCCACACAGGUGAAAAGCCACACAAAUGUCUUCAGUGCGGGAAAGCUUUUAGCCAAUCCUCAAAUCUGAUCACCCACAGCAGAAAGCACACGGGAUUCAAACCAUUUGCAUGUGAAAAAUGCGGGCGCGCGUUUCAGCGAAAGGUGGACCUUCGCCGUCAUGUAGAGACGCAGCACACGAUUGCUAUGGAAAGAGGGGCGAUAUCUUCAAUGAUGUUCCCGUAUAGCGUCCAGGGGAAAUAACUGACAGAUUCUUGACUUUUGUAAAUUAUGGCUAAUCUAUUUAUAAUGAUUGUUAUUUUUGUUGUAAAUAAAUUUGAAGUGUUACUUGUAAA